AUGGGAACAUCUGCUCCAGCAUAUAUGAAUUCUACCUCUUUCUUCAAGACAUUUAAGAGCUAGUUUAGACCAAUAGAGAUUUCUGGAGAGAAGGUUGAUGGACAAGUCUACAUUUGUGAUGCUAAUUAAGAGAUGAUAAUUGAAUACCCAACAAGAAUAAUUGAUGAGGAGACAGAUGAACUCUGGCAUUAAUCAUAAUCUAUGAUUUAUAGUAUAUAGGCACCAUACAUUAUCAAUUAUUAUGGGAGUUCAGAAAAACAAUCGAAAGAAAUGUGUUCAUCCUAUUCCAUGAUUUUCAGUUAUUACGAAUAUGUUCCUCAUAAUUUGUUGAAAGAGAUUAAUGAAAGGAAGGAAAACUAAGAACAAUUCUCAGAAAAAGAGAUUUGGUAUUUGUUAUGGUCUUUGACACAAGCCCUUUUUGAACUCAAAUAAAAAGGCUAUAAUCACAAAGACUUAAGACCAGCCACAGUGGGACUAAAAAGAAACGGUGUAGUUAAGCUCUGUCCAAUCGGGGUUUUGUAAGAUCAAAAAAACUCAGUCGCCAGAUUUGUAGUUGAAAAUUUAUAGACUUAUCUACCCACUGCAUUAAAAAAAUAACUUAUCGAUCAAUAACAACUUCAAAUCAAUUGGAAUAAAAUAGAUUCGUUUGCUUUAGGACAUAUAAUUCUUGAUCUCAUGAUACUUGAUGUACCCGUUUUAAUUGAACCUUAACAAAUUGCUUAGCUAUAAGUUUUAUGUUAUAAUCGCUUCUCAUAGCAAUUAAUCCGAAUAACUGAGCAUCUAAUGUUAGAAACUGAUAAUUAACUCUUGGUGUAGGAUCUAUUCUAUAUGUUGAAACCAUAUUCAGAAAAAAUUAAUAACUUACAAGACUUUUAAAUAAAUUUUGAAGAUAUCAAGCAAUAAUCCAUUCCCAUAAAUAACAUGUCUAAACUAAAGAUAAAGUAAAUUAUUGAAAACUCAAACAGGCAUUCAGAAAUACUCUACGAAUCUUAAUAGCUUGAUAAUAAUAGAUAGCAACAAUAAUUGAAAAUCAAUACUCAAUAAUAACAACAAUUAAUAUUAGAGUAGUAACCAUAGCAAUUAUUCUAAUCAAAAUAAUAGUAGAUUCAACAAUAAACUACUUCAAAUUUACAAUAAUAAAUUUAAUAAUAAUUAUAAUAACCGAAUUUAACCUAAUAAACAACAAUUAUCUAGUAACCAACAAUACCAUAACAAAUUAUUACAUACACUCCUUAAUAGCAAUAACAGAUCUUAACUUAAAAAUAAAGCAUCAUAUAAUUAUAAAACUAAAACUUAAUCUAAUAACAACCCCAAAAUAUCAUACAAUAAUAAUAAGUAUCUCCUUAGAAACACGUAAUAAUUCCAAGAGUUCCAUAAUAGACGGUGUCGCAAAUUCAAAGUCCAGAUUUAAGAAAGUCAGGAUCUCCUUAACCUUAAUAAUUUGUAAAUCAGUAACCUCAACUACUCUAACGUUUGUUGAUGUAAUCUUAAUAGAUUCCAAAACCUUAAUAAAUAGUUUCUUAAUUACCUCCAUAAUAAUUAUAACAAUAGCUUAUAAGAACUCCUAGAUCACCAGAUGAUUAAAUCAAAAUACGAUAAUCGUAUUAUCAACCAUUAAGUCCACCUCCUCCUUUAUAACAAUUAUAAAAUGUCUAUAUCACCCCACCACCUCCUAAUAUUUUACAAUAGCAACCACAACCGCCUAAUAUUUUAUAAUAGCAACCAAUACAAAGACCAAUUAUCUAACAAUCUGCACCUAUAUAAUUACCUAUAAUUUAUUUGAACCGACCUCCUGCUCCUAACAAUUACAAUUAAAUACCUCCUGGAGACAAAAUUCCAGUGAAAUUAGCACAAACCUUAGUUCCAAUGAACGACUAAUUUGAUAGAGAAAUUACAGUUUUGGAAUAUAAACCAUAAGGAAAUCAACCAUUGAAGGCAUCUAACUAAAUUCCAUAGCAAGAAUUUCCAGAAUCUUCACCUCAAGCAGGAUAACCUAACAAUUUUGAUAGAAUUCGUAACGUAAUUUAAGAUUCAGAUGAUUUGUUGUCAUAUUAGCAAAAAUGA